AUGAUCACUCUCCACGAUGCCGCCGCGCAGGGUAGUCUUACGGCAGACAACCUUGAUCAUUACAAAUCGGCCUCUCUCCACUUUAACGUGGACGAAAUCGAUCGCAAGGGUCGCACGGCACUCGCUUAUGCUGCUCUGAAGGGCCAUAUCGACGUCGUCAAGCUCCUGCUGGGCGAAAGUGCGAACGUUAAUCAUAUCAACGACAAGAACCGAACUGCGCUAUGGUAUGCCUCAUUCAGUCACUCUUCCGUCACCCAGCAGCGACGCCGUGAAAUCAUCGAGUAUCUUCUGCAUCAAGGUGCAGAUCCCGAUGUUCAAGCAAAAGAUGGCACGACUGCCCUCAUGAAGCUCAUUGAGCAUCGAGAUCCCGGUGCCAUCAGGCUUCUGACACAAAAAGGCGCGUCUACUACCAUUGAGGUCAAGAAAGGCGCAACCUCUGUGACCAUUGAAAAGCUUGCAGAGGCCACCAACGACCAGGCGGUGAUCCAGGCCAUCAAACAAGAUCCGGCCCCUGCCUCGAACAGGGACGAGAUCGUCACUGAGAUUAUAAACUACUUCUUCAAGUCCAUUGGUUUCAUGAACCAUACCCUCAAAGGUGCGGUCAAGACCAUCUUUGGCAUCCAGGGUAACAUGAGCCAACCCUUUGGUUGCGUACCUGAUAACAUGAAAUCGAACGUCUCCAACGCCGCAGGUGUCAUACCCGAAAAGACUGAGGCUAUAAAAAACAGGAUCUACACCGACUCAAGCAUGACUAAUUCUCUAGGCUUCGGAGAUCCCCAGCCCCAGGAUGCCAUGACAGUUGCUCUCUCUCCAGUUGCAGAUGAUGUUACAGAUGAUAAGCCUUCAGUCCCGCUUGUGUCGGAGAUUUCGGAAAACACCACGGCAGAAGAAUUCCAGGCCAGCAUGAUGCAAUUUAUUAGUGACACCGGACUCGACUACUUCUUUGAAGAGGAUGAUCUUUUGCUGAAAACCAUCGCGAGCAAAGCAGUGGAGCUUCAAGGCAAGGAAGACAACCUGCUCAAAAAAGACAAGGAUAUCCAGGACAUCACGAAGCUUGCUCUUUAUCAACCGGUCUUUUACUGCGACGAUAGCGGUUCCAUGAAACAAGGCACACGCCAGUCCGACCAGGUUGAUCUUGUUCGACGGGUCGCCCGAAUCUCUACAUUGUUGGUCCCCGACGGCUUCGGAGCGGGCUUGCUCUUCAUCAACGACAAACGCGACAUGGACCCAAAGCUAAAGGCCGAGCAAGUCGAAGAGAUUAUGAAGGCAACCAAGCUCGGUGGCAAGACCAGGAUUGGCACUCAACUCGAACAAAAGAUUCUCAAGCCCUUGAUUUACGAUGUCAUCGAAGCGGAUCAAAAGAUUGAAAGACCUAUUCUCGUUUCUUGCAUCACGGAUGGCUGUGCAAGUGGUGAAGCCAGAAACAAGUUUAAGGAAGUCAUCGUCAAAUGCAUUGAGUUCCUUCUCGAACACGGUUACCCUCCUCAAACUGUUCGAUUCCAAAUCAGUCAGAUUGGCAAUGAUUCCUCUGCCGCGGAUUUUCUUCAACAGCUAAAAGAUGAUGACGAACUGACUGAGUGGCUCUACUGCACCACACAGCGCCUUGAUGAGGGAUGCAGAGAGUUCAACGAGAAUGAAGAGGAUCUCGAGCGAUGGCUUCUGCAAACGCUCAUGGGACCGAUUGCCGAGUUGGGGAGGUGCAGUGACUAA